CUUGUCCACGGUGCUUACACUCACAACUUCUCCGAGAGCCUUCAUUGAGGGACCACCACCACCACCAGGACCCCCACUCUCCUCCGAGCUCCACUCCACUUCAAUCGCAGACGGCUCGCGCACUCUUUUUGGAUCAUUUUGGCUCAGACGUCCGUGCGCAACGCUAUUACGCACCACUUCGGCUGGAGAAAUCCCCUCUUUGGGUGUUGUUUAGUGGUGUUAUCGCCUUCUUUUAGUACGUGGCUACAUUUAUAAACGUUUGUUGAGUUUUUUUUGUGUGGAAAAAAAUAUAUAUACACGCGUCAGUUUAGAGCUGGUGCGUAACGCGCUCGCUUUGACGCGCAACAGGUGCUCUUUGCUCUAUCUUCAAGCAUCCCAUAGCAGAGGGGAAAUAAGUGAGAGAGAAAAGAGAGAGAGAAGGAGAGAGAGAGAGAGAGAGAGAGACCCCCUUGCAGACAGACUAGAGGAGGAGGCCCCUGGCCUGAGAGGAGAGGAGAGAGUGAGGGAGUGUUUUAAAACCCACUGGAGGCAUGAUGUCCUACAUUAAGCAACCCCAUUACGCCGUGAACGGGUUAACACUGUCCGGCCCGGGCAUGGAUCUGCUCCACAGCGCCGUUGGAUACCCGAAUACCCCACGCAAGCAGCGCCGUGAACGCACCACGUUCACACGCGCACAGCUGGACAUCCUGGAGGCUUUGUUUGCCAAAACUCGCUACCCAGACAUCUUUAUGAGGGAGGAGGUGGCCCUCAAAAUCAACCUGCCCGAGUCCAGAGUACAGGUGUGGUUCAAGAACCGACGUGCCAAGUGCCGCCAGCAGCAGCAGCAGAGCACAGGCCAGUCCAAACCGCGGCCCCCCAAAAAGAAGUCCUCCCCGGCCCGUGAAGCCAGCACCGAUGCCAGUGCCAACCCCGCCAACGGACCCUACAGCCCGCCGCCUCCUCCUCCAGGCACCGCCAUCACCGCCAAUUCCAGCUCUGCCAGUGCCACGGUGUCCAUCUGGAGCCCGGCGUCCAUCUCUCCCCUGCCGGACCCCCUGUCCGUCGCCACCACCCCCUGCAUGCAACGCACCACCGCCUAUCCCAUGACCUACACCCAGGCCCCGGCCUACAGCCAGAGCUACGCGGGCUCCUCCUCUUACUUCACCGGCCUGGACUGCAGCUCCUACUUGUCGCCCAUGCACCCGCAGCUGUCGGGCACAGGCGGGGCCCUCAGCCCCAUCACCGCCUCCUCCAUGGGUGGGCCCCUCAGCCAGUCCCCGGCCUCCCUCUCCUCCCAAGGCUACACGGCCGCCUCGCUGGGCUUUGGAGCCGUCGACUGCCUGGACUACAAGGACCAAGCUGCCUGGAAGCUCAAUUUCAACGCCACUGACUGUCUGGACUACAAAGACCAGAACUCCUGGAAGUUCCAGGUCUUGUAAUUGUCCUCACAGGAGGGGGUCGAGGAGGAGCGAGUAUGAAUCAGUGCCAGGGGGUGUUUUAAAUGAAAAUGUCUGGCUCAAUUCAAAAUCACCAAAUAGGCUGAAAAUGAAGAAUUGUAAUGCUCUUUAUGAAUUAUGAAUGACUGACUGAAUCACAUUUGUUAAUUUCCAACUGACUCACACCUCAACGGAAGACUGUAGAACCACGCGGAACAUUCUCAAUAACAUGAAUUUUCAUAUGUUUAAAAAAAGGUUAUAGUAAUAGAGCGUACGUAUACGUGCACAAAUGUUUGACGGGUGGCAAACGUUCUAAUAGUAAAAAAAUAAAGAAUUCAGGUUAAUACUGCCAUGCUUUUAUUUUGAAGCUUGCUUUGCACUUACAGGAAGCCACCGUGUGCAUGCAUCUGGACAGUCGUGAUGUCGCUGUUCUUUCACGCUACUUAAAAAUAAUCCUGUCAAAUUAUUAUUUGUUUAAAUCAGAUUAAUCACACUAUAUACUGUAGGUUAAUCACGAUUAAUUACAGGUAAUUACUCACCUGCUUAAUUUAAAUCAACCGAAAAUGACCCUGAUGAUUGGACACAAUCAGGUGCAAUUUUUUUUUGUCAGAAUGUUAAGUUAAAAAGUUAAAGUACCCAUGAUUGUCACACACACACUAGGUGUGGCGAAAUUAUUCUCUGCAUUUGACCCAUCACCCUUGAUCACUCCCUGGGAGGUGAGGGGAGCAGUUAGCAGCAGCGGUGGCCACGCCCGGGAAUAAUUUUUGGUGAUUUAACCCCCAAUUCCAUCCCCUUGAUGCUGAGUGCCAAGCAGGGAGGUAAUUGGUCCCAUUUUUAUAGUCUUUGGUAUGACUCGGCCGGGGUUUGAAUUCACGACCUACCAAUCUCAGGGCGGACACUCCAACAACAAGGCCACUGAGUCAUUCGGGAAAUAUUUUUAAGUGCGUUACUUGAAAGCGCCACAGUUAUUUGUUCAAAACAGUUUCAGCUAAAGUCCCAUCUUGGUGUAUUUUGAAGCGAAAUCUGUAUGUACAACAACGCCUUUGAGGUUAAAGCAAAGGAACAGGUAGAGUCAGAGUAAAUUGCGUGACAAUUCUGCAUUUAUACAUGAGUAAUGCAAUCAUUUUAUGUGAUUAAUUAAAUGGUUAUUUUUGACAGCCCUGAUGGAAAAACAUCUAUUUCUUUGGAUUUCAAGUAUUCAAUCAGAGCCCUCACCAUCGACUACAUGAGUGGGAAAAAAACACUUACCGUAUUUUUCGGAGUAUAAGUCGCACCUGCCGAAAAUGCAUAAUAAAGAAGGAAAAAAAACAUGUAUAAGUCGCACUGGAGUAUAAGUCGCAUUUUUUGAGGAAAUGUAUUUGAUAAAAGCCAACACCAAGAAUAGACAUUUGAAAGGCAAUUUAAAAUAAAGAAUAGUGAACAACAGGCUGAAUAAGUGUACGUUAUAUGAGGCAUAAAUAACCAACUGGUAUGUUAACGUAACAUAUUAUGGUAAGAGUCAUUCAAAUAACUAUAACAUAUAGAACAUGCUAUACAAUCUGUCACUCCUAAUCGCUAAAUCCCAUGAAAUCUUAUACGUCUAGUCUCUUACGUGAAUGACAUCAAUAAUAUUAUAAUGUGUUCAUCAUUUCACACAUAAGUCGCUCCUGAGUAUAAGUCGCACCCCCGGCCAAACUAUGAAAAAAAACUGCGACUUAUAGUCCCAAAAAUACAGUAAUUCAUAACGUAACGCAACAUGUGUUUUUAGAUACACAUAAAUGGUACGUUGUGUGUAUUACUACCAGUGGAUGACAAAUCAAGAUUUUCAUCAUCUGACUCAACAACAGGUCAACUCUCCAAAAGGACACCUAAAAGAAAGCUUAUGUUUGAUACUCACCCCUUCCAGCCAGUGUGUGUGUGUGUGUGUGUGUGUGAAUGUGUGUGUUACAAGCCAAGGGGGUGGAGUGAGUCCCUGAGGUGACUGCAGUACAAACCCAUUGCCUUUGAGCAUGCUUGCAAUCAUCAAGAGACGCUUUGUUGGUUUAAAAAGGAUCAACUCCUAAUUUGGGCAACAAUAGCCUCCUUGUAGCAAUUGCCCCUCCCCCCUCCUCCUUGCCCCUCUUCACAGGAAGUUAGCAGACGACGGCUUAUCCGACCACUUCCGCCUAUUAUUUUGAAAUGUUAUUAUUGUUAUUAUUUUUGUGAGGCGUUCAAAGACUGCACCGGAGAAAGGGAACGGAGGUGCCAAUCCACCCCCCCCCCCCCCCCAACCCCGCCCUUAGCACAGAGAAUCGGGUGUCUCUCAGAUGUAAACAUGUGAUAUAUGUAUUUCAUGUAUCUUUCAUUUUUAUUUCAUGUCUUAGACUUUAAUAUUGUUAUGUUUCUUUGAACUUUUGUGGAUUCGUCGAAGUAAAAAAACACACACAAAAAAAAAACAGGUGGUAAUUUGUUUUGAAGUUAUUAGUAUUAUUACCGUCAUUUUAUUUCUUCGGAUGACUAAAAUGCUUUCGUUGUCUUAUUGUGAAUAUUCAACCCUGAAAAAUGCAAUCACUUAUUUUGUUAUGAAAUCUUGGACAACUGCCAACUUUGGAUUGUUUCCUGUUUAUAUUUUUCUUGUCAAUGUUUCUCAAACUCAGGGUUUUUAUCCGAUGAAAGUAGCAGUAAUAGGAACAAUGCUGUUCACGCUUCUUAGUCAUUUACUGUACUUUUAUCUCUCGCCGAACGACAUCGCCGAUGAUUCUUCUUAUUUUGCUUUUUUUUUUUUAUUUCAUUUGUCUCCUGUGUUUGACCACCACCUUGCUAGUUAGUUUGAACGUUUCUGAGACAUUAAACAACUUUAUUUAAA